CUUUUUGGCGCCAAAUCCACUUCCAAGCAACAGGUGUUGCUGCUGCUUCAACUCCCCCGGUUAUCAAAACCCUAAUUUCAUAAAUUAGUAAGACAAGAAGAAACAGUGGAAAUGGAUCAUAGUUUCAUCAAUUGAGAACAUAUAAAGAAAUGCAAAUCAAGGUGAAGUGCAGUUGUGGAGAGGGCAACUGCCCGGAAUGGGCAAUUGUGGAACUUCAAGGGGUAGUUCAAGCCCAACCCUCUUUUGAGAACCGCCUCCAGAACCUCCAGAUCGGCGUCCUCUGCCGCCCUUCUUCUCAGGAAAAUUAUACAUUUACAGUUGGGUACCAUGAGCUGACAGGAACAAAAGUGAGUCUGAAGAAGCCGAUUUUAGUGUUGAGGAAGAUCAAACUCCGAAAAGAAGAAGAGGAGGGUGAAGACGAUGUGAAUUCCGGAGGGGUAGAAUUGGAUGUGAUUGGAGUUAUUCGCCACAAGAUUUUGUUCAAAACCAGGCCUAAAGCUCUUAUAUCCAAACCUCAACCUGCUGUCAAGGAAAAAGCCACUGCACCCAUGGUGCUGCACUAAUUCGGUGAUCUAAUGCCAAGAGUUGGUGAUCUGAAACAAUGUUACAAGUACUAGUGAAUCUUAGGAUUUUUGCCUGAAGGCCGCUGUAUAAUCAUAAACAUUGCCAACCUACUGUUUCCUUGGUUUA